GGGACCCAAUGCGUGCAGCAGAUGCAAGAGAGAGGAGAGAAGGUGGCAAGAGGCCGAAGCGUACAGCGGACGCAAGAAAAAAGGAAUACUGCAAGUCAAUAGCCUUCGGCCGGUAUGGCGUACAAGAGGAUAUAUGUACAGAUUUCCUGAAGCGUGCAGCGGACGCGAGGGGGAGAGGGACUAAAUCCCAACUUUGUGGUGAUCACGAGCACUUGCCCAAGGACUAUCCCACUAUCGUCAAAUCUCUUUUCGACACUGAUGGAAACUGCCACUUCAAAUUGCGUGACGUUCAACAACUCUUGAAAGAAGCGCAGGAUGAGAUUGAAGUCCUGGGCCGAGAUAAUAAUAAUAGCACAUCAAAACGAAAAUGUUACACAUUAAUAACCUGCAUCGAUAACUUCCUCAAAGAAACUGAGGUGUUGAAGAUGGUUCGAGAUAGGUUGAAAACUGCAACUAGGGGGCUCGUGGAGCAGAAGGAAUGCACCAAUCAGCUCGAGAUUCUACUGGAGUUGGCCAUUGAAUCUCUGGAACUGAAAUCCCAAUUCCCUUGCGGAUGCGGGUUGGUACUCUGGAGCACCAACUGGGCGGUACUGAGGGCAUAUCUUGGUCGUCUUCGGGGAGUCGAACUGCAAUUUGCUCCAGCAAAUGGACAGAUAGCCAACCUCGAUGACCUGGUGAAGGCGCUCCAGACUAGUUUAUUAUUGGAACAGGAGAAGGCGAAACAGUGCACUACGUUGAAGGAAAGUGAAGCCGAAAAGUUAGUGGCUCAGGUUGAGAGCACCACCAUUGCAAAUCAGGAGAGGUUCCUGUCAAAAUUCGCAUCGAUCCUGAGGGUGAUACUCAAUGGAGCAUUGCAGUUAUUGGAACAAGAGAUCCAGCAGCAAGCGGCUGAACUGGCACGCAAAGAAAAAGAGUAUGUUGUGUACCAAAACACCAUCUCGCAGUCGAAGAUGGAAGUCGACCGCAAAGAAGAGAUCAUAGCAAGUUUCAGUCAUGAGAUUGACAAAGCGGCCAAAGCAGUGUUAAAGGUCGAAAGCGAACUGGCCUCUGUCCAAUCCAAACCAGCUGAUGCUGAGAAAUUGUCGGCUGUCACUGCUGCAAAGUUGGAUUCCGCUGAUUUGACGAUCAGCGAUCUACGAGAGCAACAUACUGGUCUCAAGGCUCAGAAUGCUUCACUGGCAUCAGAACUGACGUCCGAAACAAACUCGGCUCUUCGCUCAAUAGCCGUUGCAAAAGAUGAGAUUAAAGAGAAGCUGGUGGAACGCAACUCAGCGCACUGA